UCGGAUUGAUGAUAGAUCUAGCAAGAUUAGAUCUAGCCCAGUUAAAUAAAUACAAAACAGCAUAGCAUAAAUAUAGAUCUAGAACUAGAUCUAGAUCUAGAAUCUAGUUAGGUUUAAAAAAAAUUGCCUCCAUUAGAAAGGAAUUGGUUUUUUAAACAAUGAAAGACGUAGGCCUAAUUUUAUUGUUACUGGCAGUUUUGUGGUCAGGAUCUCAUGCACAGAGUGUAAAUGUCACCUGUGAAACUGGUAAAUAUCCACCGGACCCAAAAACCAAAGUUGGUACUUUUGUCAUCAACCUUGACCUUCCACCAGAGAAAAGAUGGGCAGAGCUAGGUCAAGCCAAAAGUCUAGAGAUAAAGUAUUUGCUGGAUGGGUUCAAAGAAUUUGUAGAUGACUGGGGAGCAGCGGGCAGAGUUCUGAUUGACUUCGUCGACUCUAAAGGGGGCAACCUGGAUGGCACUUUGCCGUACCCAUUUGCUGGAGAAAUCAAAGGUUUUGCCGAUGCUGCAGGAAUAAAUCUUGGUGAAAUGAUUUUGUAUAACUUGUUUUAUGAGUUCUUUACUGUCUGUACUUCCAUUGUGGCUGAAGAUCCAAGUGGUGCACUUUAUCAUGUCAGGAAUUUGGACUUUGGACUGUUUAUUGGCUGGGACGUUAGAAAUAAAACCUGGGCUAUUACAGAACGCUUACGUCCCCUGAUUGUUAACUUAGACUGGCAACGUGGUGGACAGACUGUCUUCAAGUCUGUUAACUUUGCUGGUUACACAGGGAUUUUAACAGCUGUAAAACCUAAACUUUUCACAUUGUCUAUGGAUGAGCGAUUUAAUCCUGACGGUGGAUUCAUUGGAAUCAUCAAGUGGUUGCUGGGCAACAGGAAUGAGACAUGGAUGGGGUUCCUCACGAGAGAUGUAAUGGAAAAUGCCACAAGUUAUGCACAGGCCAGAGCUAAACUGGAAAAUACUGUCAUGCUUGCUCCUGCUUAUUUCAUUUUAGGGGGAAACAAAUCGGGAGAGGGUUGUGUCAUAACACGAGCUCGUGAAAAGAAUCUUGACACCUGGGAAAUGAGAAACGCCUCUGGCUGGUACAUCCUUGAGACAAACUACGACCAUUGGGAGGCUCCAUUCAUCCUUGAUGAUCGCAGGACACCUGCACACAAGUGUAUGGACACCAUGACCCAGAAGAAUACUGGCUUUGCUGGUCUUUUCAAUGUGCUUUCCUCACAGCCUGUAUUAAAUAAGCUGACAACAUACUCGGCCUUGAUGCAAGUCAACAGCGGCAACCUGGAGACAUACAUACAGACCUGUGAGGACCCCUGCUCACCUUGGUAGACUACACCUGACCAUCUAUGCUGAUCGACUAGCUACAUCUGUAUUGACAAUCCGCUUUGAAACUUUGUUGAUCUCAAACUGGAUGCAAAAAUUGUGCCUUCUUCUAUUAAAUAGUCAUGUAAAUUGAAAUUUUAAAGUUGUAUGUUACACAAAUUGAAGUUUUUUUACUUUAUAAUUUUGUUUAGAAUUUUUUAGUUCAUCAGUAAAUGUAAACAAAUACUAUUGCAUGGUUUAAACACUGAGAUGUAGCUUUCCCUUAUACCUUAAGUUAUAUUUUUUUAAAGGCUAAAAUUUCAAUUUUUAUGUACAUCCUUGAAACAAUUUCUAAUUUCCACCUAGAAAAAAAAAUGAAAAAACCCGUUUAUUUUUUGUCAGAAACUAGGCUAUUCAUUCCACAUGUGUUUUUUUUAAAAGAUGUACGGAUACAUCUUUAAUAAAAAUCAAGGCUCAUACAAUCAAUGAAUAUGUGUAAUAGAAUUUGGUAAAAAUUCCUCAGCUUUGAAUAUUUCUGUUCUUUUUAUAAGCUUUAAAAGUCUUCUAUGAUAUGCCUUUAUUUAUAAAUAUCCUUCUUGAUUUGCAGUUUUUAAUACCUAUUUUUUUUUAUAGCUGAAGUAAUUUAGUAUCUAAUGAAUGUGUGGCUAAGUUAUGUAUUGUUUAACUUAAUUUCCCUGUUUGUUUAAUGUUUGAGGGUUUCUUUAACUCAGUCAUGUGUGCGUUGUUAAUUUUUUUGAAUUUGUUUCAGGGACAAACAUGCAGCAUUGUUUUUUUCAUUUGUAAUUGUUCCUUUAAUUAAAAAAAAAUAUUUUGAAGUGAGAAAAGCAUACUAUGACUAUUUUUUUGUACCUACAACUUGUAAGAAAAAUGAUUUUUUUUCCUCAUAAAAAUGAUAUUUCCUAUGUUACUUUGUGAUGUUAUGCUAUGCAAUUUAUUCCAAAGGUUAACAUGUUACUUUUCAUAACCUAAUACAUUAUUUAUUAAACAUUGAAAUUAACUUUUGAUUGCAAUUUUUCUGGGUAAGGUUGUUGAUAUUUUGUGAUUUUAAAAUCAGAAAAUAACCAAAAUAUGAUACUCAGUUACUUUUAAUCUUGUUCUGAAAAAGAAUAUUGUUGUAAUAUAACAAUAUACUCCAAUUCGAACUAGUAUUUUAAAACAUUAUGAAAAAAUCUCUCAAGAAAACACAAAAGAAAUAAAAAAUUUAUUUAACCAUCUGAUUGCUCAAUGUUAAAUAGGUUAUAUAUUCCUAAUUAAAUUUUUUACAUAAACUUAUUUGUUAAUUUUUAUAAGAAUUUCUCUUGUGUCGAUUACACAAAAGUAAAAGAUCAGUUCAGCGGUUGUUGCAUUGAUGUAAGUGUAAUACCUAAGUGCAAUUGUAACCCAUCAUUCCUCUUUGUAAGUUUGUUUUAACUUUUGUAUUGCUCUGUUACCAAUCGACUCUGUUAUACAUUCAAUAAUGGAAUAUGAGAAUUGCAUUUUUUUUUAGAAUAGGACAGGUCAAAUAAAUUUCAUAUAAUUUUCUUAAGUAUAUACUUUUAUAGCACAUUUUUCUAAUAUAUAUAUAUAUAUAUAUUAUUUAACAGCUAAUGUUCAUUACUUUAAAGUGAUCUGUUCUUAAACAUAGAUUAUCAUCAACUAGUUCUUUAGAGACAGUGUGGUUUGUUUCUUGGCUUUAUUUACAGUUGACAACUCCAAAUGAGCAGCUUUUUUUUAUGAAAGAUAACAUACAGCCUAGUUGUGUCUUGACUUACUUAUACAAUGAUGCUGACAGUCUAGACUACUUUGUGAUAACCAUACAAUAAUUUAAAGUAAUUUAAGCCAAAUAAAUUUGUAAAGAUUUUCA